UCUGACAGAUCCAGUGAUGGCUCUUCAGAGGGACAGCACGCACGCCAAACAUCAAAUGGUGGACGAGGCGUUGAUACGUUCGAUGGCCGACAAUCAGAUGGCGUCGCUGGAGAAUCUAAUCCUGGCACAACGGGCCGCUCAGCUGAAGAUGGCUCAGUACCUCCGAGACGCCGAGGCGCGGCACGCCAAGGCCGUUCAGGAGCUGGAGGAAGAAAAGGCGAAGCACGCGCAUGACACCGCCCAGGGUGAUGACGUGACCUACGCCUUGGAGAAGGAGCGAACGCGCCUCAAACAAGAGCUAGAAACAGAACGGCAGGCCAAAAGAAG